AUGCUGCUCUCUAUUUUACAACUCGUACUAUUUUUCAACAGAGUUUCAAGUUUUCCAUUUUCUUUAUUCGACAGUUCUGAAGACGUACUCGGAGUAGAUUUAUCGUUUUUGGGAGAAAAAGCUUUUAAAAACCCAGACCCUGAAGUCGGAAAAAGGUUGGAAAACUGGAACGCCUCCAGUUCAGAAAAUCCAGAGGAGUUAGGCGAAUAUGCUCAAGGAGAUAUCCUUCUUCCGAAGGAACUCAAUAGAAAUGGUCUUAUCGGUAAUAGCUUUCGUUGGAAAGCGGGCGUUAUACCUUACGAAAUCGUUGGAUUCUUCCUACCAAGUCAACUUAGCGCUAUACAGGCUGCGAUGGAUCUUUAUCAUACUUACACGUGCGUCAGCUUCAAACAAAAAUCAUCUUCAGAUAAGGACUUUAUCUCAAUAUCCAACUCAGGAACCGGCUGCUGGUCCAGCGUUGGUAAAAAAGGCGGCAGGCAAGACGUGAAUCUACAAACCCCGGCGUGCACCACCAGAGUUGGUACCGUGGUGCAUGAAUUGAUGCAUGCAGCUGGAUUUUUGCACGAGCAAAGUCGGCCAGAAAGAGACGAUUAUAUCACAAUUGUGUGGCAGAAUAUUAAAGAAGGUGUCACGAAGACAAUUUUAAAAAAAGUGAAAAGUCUGAAGUUAACGCGUUUGGUGUAGAAUAUGACUACAAAUCUGUAAUGCACUAUUCAGAUAAGGCAUUUUCCAAGAAUGAUAAACCGACAAUCAUACCCAAACUUGAAACUAGAUUAGGACAGCGUGAAGGUUUCAGCAAAGGAGAUAUCGAAAAAAUAAACUCUAUGUAUGGAUGUCCAGAAAAAACAUCCAUUUGGACCGAAGAUAAAAUAUACUUAGCCGAAAAGAAACCUGAGAGUCCUCUAGAAUCUCUUUUAACUCUUCUGACUUCAAAAUAAACGAUAGA